CUUCCCCCCAUCUCUCCGCUAGCAGCGACCUUUCGCUGCUACGCCGGCGACGGGCUAUCACCGCCACUGAAAUCCCCCUUCUUCCGAUCUUGUUGCGACGCCGACCGCGGCCAGCCCUAUCCCUAUCGCCACCAGGAUCUCUCUCUCCCUUCGACUUUUUCCUCCCACCGCAAACCACCGGCUACAUCGCACCACCGUGCUCGGCCAUCGACGCCACCUCGGCAACCAUCAUCUAAUCAAAAGCCGCCUCUGCGGUUUACGGCAUCUGGGCUUCGGCCCCUUCGAAUGAAAUAACCAUCAUAGAUAGAAUGAUGGAUGUUAGAGCAUUCACAUUUGGGAAGGUUUGCGACCAGAGGGCUAAACCAGUCUGUUCACAAUGCAUCCCAGCUUCCCCAGCUGCAAGAGAUGGGUUUACCUCAAGCCUCCAUUCAGCAGCAAGGAGAUUCUCUGGGUGCCUGGUACAGGGAUCCCAAAGCAAGUUUUCUAAGUGAUUUUAUUGAAAAUAACAAUGCCAGAACUCUUAUGCAGAAAACUAAUUCCGAGUGGGUAAAUUCGACAUCUGGUUUUAUUGCUCCCAAGGAAUACAUGAACCAGAGAAAACCACCUUUUCAAAUCCAAAGCAUGAAUCAGCAUGGGAUAUCUGAUCGUCGUUUCUCUGGACAGCAAGUAGCUGAAUGUCUUACAUCCUUGUUUGGCAACUCAUAUUCACCCUAUCCUCCUGUUGCAUACUCUACUAUGCCUAGCAUUGACUGUGGCAUAUUGCGAACUAAAAGUUCUGCUGGUUCUAGCUUCUUUGGCAAUAAGCUGUUCGACUCUUUUGCAGGAUCAUCUUCUGAUGCUUAUGGCCAGGGAGUUGCCACUGCAUCCAUGGAUUUUGAUGGAACUUGCAAACUUUCAUCUGUGGGCAUGAGGCAGGUUGCUAGUGAGAUGGCUCCUUCUCCUGAGCAGAUCUCAUCCAUCACAUCAUGCUCUGAUGUGGAUAUGUAUACUGAUACUGGACCCUAUGAUAACAGACCAACUUUUCCUGGUAGCUUGCAGCAGAUAUAUGGGUCAUCAUCAGAAAACUAUAACCAACAGAAACAUUUGAAUGAGGGCGAGUUGAAUUUAACGAGGAACAGAGGCUUGCUAGAGAAUGGUCAGAAUGUUUGCACUCUGGAGUUUCAAUCUUCGUUAGGCACAAAUUCAGAGUUGAGUAUACCAAGUUUGCAAAACCUGCAACAGGAUUCAUGGAGAAUUCCUGAAGCCUCUGGUGUUUUUCCAACUCUCAAUACCCCUGUGUCAAAUUGUCAAGAUCUAUUUGAUGGAAGGCUGCAGAUGACAGGAUCUCAACAAUUCCAUCAGCAGCACCAGCAGCUACAUGUGCAGAUUGAUGAGGGAUCUGAGGGCCAAUCACAGUAUGGUCUAUCUGAAGAACAUGACUGUGACCGCAAGAUAAAAGGGUACAAGUCAUCUAAAGUGCCUUGUCUUUUGUCAGAACAAUCAGAAGAUUCUUCAAUCCCAUUUGGUCUAGCUCGACCUUCAGAAUGUGUGCAUUCCAGUAAUCCAGUUUUUCAAACCGUUCUCCUUCAUUAUAUGAACUACAAGAGGAUGCAUGUUGAUGGAAACCCAAUUUCCUUCAUAAAACAUAUGCAUUCAAUGGUAUGCAAUGACUUCUUAUGCAACUGUAACCAAUAUUUUUCAGUGGUUUCCCAUUUUGAUAACUGUUUCAGUAAGGAUUGCAACAUAUGUAUACCUGCCAGAAGGUUUUAUGUUGCUGGUAACACAAAACCUCCAUCAAAGUGUGGAUCUAGAAUACAAAAACUUUGUCACACAAGCUCUUUUCAUAGCAGAGAUUUUAAUAGCACCACCCCUGACCUUCUUUGUGAAGAUAAAACCCCUCCAUCAAAGCGUCUGAAGAUCAGGAUUUCCACUUCUUUGGAAAGUGCAGUUUCUUCUUUAGCUGCUUCUUCAAACGCUCAACCUUACAAACCUAAUGAGUUCUCCCUCCUGCAACAAUGGCCUGAAGCUUCUGUAUCAAAUAAUUUAGAUGCAACAAAGGUUAAUGUGGGAGCAUUGACUCCUCUUCAGGACUCUACAAGUUCUGGUUCAACCAGGGAUAUAGUCACAGAAACUGCACAAGGGUCCAACUUAGGGAUUAAACCCAUUUCUCAUAAAGAGCUUUUUGAUUACUCUAAAGAAGAGGAGACAGUUGCGAUGCACACAGAUGAGGUUAGAAAUGAUGGCACCUCUUUUCAAGGCUGGAAUCCUUGCAGUGUGCCUCAUCCAACUGAAGAACUCACUGUUGAUCAUGAGGAGAGAGAAGUAAAGACCAAUUCCGACCAAACAAAACCAGAGACAGAAAGUGAGUUGAUUAAACCAACGGCUAACUCAGGAAUUAUUAAGUUAAAGGAGGUGAAGAUGGUAGGUGUUUCUCCUAUCGAUUGUUUCACAGUAGAUCAAAUGAAGGAACAUUUAUUCAGCCUUAAGCGAUGGACUGGUCAGGAAAUGGAAGGAAACCCAGUGACACAUUCUGUUGGUGAGAACACAUGCCAGUUGUGUGCAAUGGACAAGUUUGUGUUUGCCCCUUUACCGAUUUAUUGCUCAUCUUGUGCUCUUCGUAUCAAACGCAAUUUGAUUUAUUAUUGGGCACUCGAUGAGAUGGGUACGCGGCUUUGUUUUUGUACAUUUUGCUUCAAGAGGUCUCAUGGCGAAACUAUUGUGUUCCAUGGGAUUACCAUUUUUAAAGGAAAACUUCAAAAGGAAAGGAAUAACCAUGAAGAGGAAGAAUCUUGGGUUCAAUGUGAUAAAUGCAGAGGAUGGCAGCACCAGAUAUGUGGUCUUUACAAUGAUAAAAGAGAUUUAGGAGGAAAAGCGGAGUAUGUUUGUCCUAUAUGCUACUUGAAAGGAAUAGAAGCUGGAGAUCACGUGCCCUUACCAAAAAAUGUUGCUUUUGAAGCAAAAGGUUUGCCAACUUGUAUGCUUAGUGAUUACAUUGAGGAAAGGCUCCUUAGGUAUCUGAAGCAAGAGAGAGAAGAGAGGGCAAAGGCUUUACAAAAGAAUUUUGAUGAGGUACCUGGAGCAGCGGAUCUUGUUGUCAGAGUGGUGUUGUCUGUCGACAAACUUUUGAAAGUGAAUCAGCAAUUUUUAGAUAUCUUUCAUGAUGAGAAUUACCCAAGAGAAUUCCCUUACAGAUCAAAGGUGAUACUUCUGUUUCAAAAAAUUGAAGGGGUAGACGUGUGCCUAUUUGGAAUGUACACCCAGGAGUUUGGCUCAGAAUGUGGUCAGCCAAAUCAACGUUGUAUAUACAUCUCUUAUAUUGAUUCUGUCAAAUACUUCAGGCCUGAGAUAAAAACAGCAUCCGGUGAAGCUCUUCGCACUUCAGUUUACCAUGAAAUAUUGGUAGGAUACCUGGAUUAUUGCAAGAAACGAGGUUUUGCAACCUGCUAUAUAUGGGCAUGCCCUCCUCUGAAAGGAGAAGACUAUAUUUUGUAUUGCCAUCCUGAAACUCAGAAAACACCAAAGGCUGAUAAGCUGCGCCAGUGGUACAAGUCAAUGUUAAGAAAAGCAGCCAAAGAGAAAGUAGUGGUGGAUUACACUCUUUUGUAUGAUCAUUUCUUUGUUCCUAAUGUAGAACAUAAUGUCAAGGUAACUGCGGCGCGCUUGCCGUAUUUUGAUGGUGACUAUUGGUCUGGUGCUGCUAUUGAUAUGGUUAGAAAUAUAGAACAAGGAAGUCAACCAGGCUCACUAAGAAAGGUGAAGAAGUUUCUGACAAAGAGAACUUUGAAGGCUAUGGGACAUGAUAAUCUUUCUGGCAAUGCGACCAAAGAUAUUCUACUAAUGCAAAAACUUGGGCAUUCUGUCUUAAACGCGAAGGAGGACUUUAUUAUGGUCCACUUACAAUUUACUUGUACGCGUUGCCAUGGAGUGAUACUUUCUGGAGGACAAUGGGUAUGCAAAGAAUGCAAGAACUUUCGACUGUGUGCAAGGUGCCAUGAUGUGGAGGGAAAUCUCCAUUUGGGUAAUACACGCAAUCCUAGUCGUGGGGAAAGGCAUUCUCUCUCUCAGGUUGCAGUAAAUGGUGAGCUCGUUAAUACAGUGGAUACAGAUGUUACUAUAGAGAGUAGUUUCUUUGAGAAUAGGCACUCUUUCUUAAGCUUCUGUCAGGGGAAUCAUUAUCAGUUUGAUUCUCUUCGGCGUGCCAAACAUUCCUCAAUGAUGAUCCUUUACCAUCUGCAAAAUUCAACAGAGGCAAGUAUGGGGACUGGCUGUUGCAUUUGCCAUCAGGAUAUUGUGGAGAACCAGGGAUGGCAUUGUGACAUGUGUCCAGGUUUUGAUGCUUGCAAUGGAUGUUACCAAAGAAAAGGUGAAAAUAUUCAUGUUCACAAGUUAAGCCAGCGUGCAUCCGUUGUAAGCUGUGGGCCUAAUAAUGGACAAUCUCAGCAGCAGAAACGUAUUCAGGUGAGGCAAGUAUUGGAGGCUCUGGUUCAUGCCUCAAGAUGUAACAUAACCAAAGGCAACCCAUGCUCCUAUCCAAACUGCCUUCAGAUAAGAAGGCUCUUCCGCCAUGCUCAUCAGUGUAACCUUCGGGUUGCUGGGGGGUGUCUCAUCUGUCACAAAACCUGGAAGCUCCUGAGACUGCACUUCAAAAUUUGUAGAGAUGCCGAUUGCAGUGUACCGCGCUGCCUGGAUCUUAAGAGGCACGUAGAAGUGCUUGCAUUGCAGUCCGAAACUCGGCGAAGAGCUGCUGUUGUUGGAUCACUUGCAGAUAGUUAAGAAGAUUGUACAGUCAAGAGUGCCAAUUGUACAGUUAAGCUACCCAGUUAGACAGGCAGAAGUAUUGGAUAAAGUUGGCCAAUAUGGACGGGUUGUUGUGCAUAAGAGAACAAGUCUUCGUUUCGCUAUGAGAGGUUAGGUGAUGAAUUAAUCUUCCAUUUUUGUUACUUCCAUUCCCCACCCCCCUUUGGUUUUCAGAUAUUGAAGUGGAUUAAGGUUUUUAUACCUUUAGCUUGCAAUAUGCCCAUGAUGAAUAGGUUUAAUAAAUAUGUUUGGAGAGGGAUUUGGUGCAUGAUCACAAGGAAUAAAUUAUAUCUGGUUCUGCACCAAAUUAAAUUUGUAUGCUGUAGGAGGGUACCAACUCAGAAACUUGUAAAUAUGCCUGCCAUUCUUCUUGAUAGUUUUGUGUUUCUUCUCUUAA